GAAAAUGUAAAGUGGGGGCAUUCGUUUUUAACAAGCCGAAUUUUUUAACUAGCUGAAUCUCAUUGCGGAGGUCGCAAGUAACAUCUUUAGAGAUAUCAGUGUAUAAUGUAUGUAUGCACGUGUGAACAACUUUGUCGUUUAAUUGCUUCAUGUUAAACAUGGCGCAAACGAUGAUACCUAGGAUUGCGCUGUUGUCUAUUAAAAAUAGUAAUCGUGUGCUACCACGAAUUUGUGUUCCCUUGAAAUACCAACGAACAUGUUUCCAUACAAGCUGGGUCCUCGAUGUAAAAGGAAAGGAACUAUUGAUGCCCUCCUUAUCACCUACCAUGGAAACUGGUACUAUUAUCAAAUGGCUUAAAAAGGAAGGUGAUAAGAUUGAACCAGGAGAUGCUGUUGCUGAUAUUCAAACUGAUAAAGCAGUUGUUACAAUGGAAGUGGAUGAUGAAAGUGUUCUUGCAAAAAUACUUAUACCAGAAGGAACCAAGGAUGUUAAAAUAGGAACAUUGAUAGCUCUUACUGUAGAACCAGAUGAAGAUUGGAAAUCUGUUGAAAUGCCAGACAGUGCUUCAGCUGCAACUGUAACCCCACCUGCACCUCCUGCAGGAGCUAGUACACCUGCUGCAACUGUAACAGCUGAACCACCUCCAGGACAGAAUAAUGUUGCCAUGCCAGCUUUAUCGCCAACAAUGACUACUGGAACAAUAGUAAAAUGGCUUAAAAAGGAAGGAGAUUCUAUAGAACCAGGAGAUGCCCUGGCAGAAAUACAAACAGACAAGGCUGUUAUGACUUUCGAAUUUGAGGAUGAGGCUGUGCUUGCAAAACUUCUUGUUCCAGAAGGAAGUCAAAUUGAAGUAGGACAAUUAAUUGCAAUCACAGUUGAAAAAGGAAUGGACUGGAAAAAUGUUGUUGUUCCAAGUACCACGAAACCGUCUACAGCAGCAGCCGUACCUCCUCCAGCUGCAGGUGAUAAGAAACCUGCAUCAAGUGGACAAGUAUAUGGUUUAGCAGUAAAACGGUUGUUGGAGGAGUAUGGACUAAAUCCAGACUCCAUUAAAGGAACUGGACGGCCUAAUCGAUUGCUAAAAAGCGAUAUAUUAGCAUAUAUCCAAGCAAAUAAUAUUAAAAAGGUUGCUCCGAAAGUUGAGCCACCACCAGCCGUUGAAACAGGUAAAAAAGAACGCGCUGCUAGUCCUUCAAAGAAACACGUACCUACUGGUCGGCCUUCAGCCUAUGAAGAUAUUCCCGUUUCCAAUAUACGCGGCGUAAUUGCUAAAAGACUUGGAGAAGCAAAAAGUACCAUCCCUCAUUCUUAUGCCUAUAUCGAUAUUAAAAUGGACAAAUUAAUGGAAAUUCGUAGCGAACUUAAAGCUGAUGGUAUUAAUGUAUCAGUAAAUGAUUUCAUAACGAAAGCGGCCGCAUUGGCAUUAGUUGAAUGUCCAUUUAUUAAUACACUGUAUAAAAAUAAUCAGAUAACUCAAAUGCCAAGAGUCGAUAUAUCUGUUGCAGUUUCUACAGAUAAUGGUCUUAUAACACCAAUUGUUUUCGAUACCGCAGCGAAAAGCUUAGUAGAUAUUUCGAAAAAUAUUAAAGAACUAGCUGAAAAAGCUAGAAACGGUCGAUUGAAACCAGAAGAAUUUCAAGGGGGUACAUUUACGAUAUCCAAUUUAGGAAUGUUUGGUAUUAAACAAUUCAGUGCCAUUAUAAAUCCUCCUCAGACAGCGAUACUUGCUGUCGGCAGUGGUCGGAAAGAAUUAGAUGCUACAUUACAAAAAAUAACAAAGAUGUCAGCAACUUUAUCGUACGACAGACGAGCAAUUGAUGAAGAUCAAGCUGCUGACUUUUUAGCGGUUUUAAGAGCUAUGUUAGAAGAUCCAACUUUCUUUGUUGCUGGAAGGUUGCGGGCACUGAGGUAUUCGCAAAACUGACCUUUAAUUAAAUCUUAAUUUUGAUAUGUUUAUUGAUAAAGCGGCUUAAAUUGUAAUACGUUACAUAAUUGUUCAUACGAUUUAGAUUCGACAAAAUAUAUUUGGAAAACAUAAGUUAAACAGAAUUAAUAUUUUUAAGUCGUUUGUUAAAUAAACAUAUCGAUCGAAAUUAAGAACAUCGUUCGUAGCCUCUUACUUUCACUAACUUCUGUAAAAUUAUUAUGCUUUAAAUAUUACAUGUACAAAAUUCACACUACACAGCCUAACAAAUGUAUCUAAAAUAUUUUAUAACCUUGUAGCAAUAGCUAUUUUAAUCAAAGAAAGAUUACGAGUGUAGCUGCCUAGAUACUGCCAUAAAAUGAAUUCGUAAUAGAACGUGACAAAAUAGAAAUCUUUAUUCUUAAAGAUAUACUAUGCAUAUACUAAAGACUUUGUUCCGAUACAUAUAUGCAUAGGGCAUAUAACAGCCAUUGAAUAAUACAAAUGUAUGAUAUAAAUUAAUUUCCUUGUAAAAAAAUAGAUAAUUAGCAGAAGUACAUGUCCUAUUUGUACAUUUAUUUAUUUUAAUGAAAUAAUUGCCACACUGUAGUCUCUCUGUCAUGCAGAAAUAUAUGUAAAUACACAAUAUGUAUAAUACCAACAAGUAUAUAUAAAUUCAACGCUUUUUUUUUUAUAGAAACAGUACAAAAACUUCAUUAUUUUUCUUAGAUUAAUAUACCAAAUUUGUAUAAAUAUAAUGUAAAUAAUUAUUGUUAAUAUUUAUUUAUUAAAAAAUGUUAUGCGUGAUAAGCAACUUCAGUGUGGUUUAGAUCAAUUUAAAGGGGUGACAAAAUGUACAAGAUCAUACAUAUAUCUUGUAAAUAAAAUAUUUAUUAUUAAAA